AUGGCUAUGAACACUCUGAGGAGCUCGCUUGAGAAGAGCGAGGUCGAGGCUGUUCAUCACAGACCGUCUGGCGAGACACAUCUUGAGAAGGUCCCUGAGGCUAUUGAGAUCGGACCCUACCGUGUUUUCGGGUUGAGCACUGAGGAUGCGGACUUUUACAACAACUAUCCCGAGGAGUCGCGGAAGAAGGUCUUCCACAAGGUCGACAAACGACUGAUUCCCAUGUUGGCGUUGUUGUAUCUUAUCUGCCACAUUGACCGCGCCAACAUCGGAAAUGCCAAGAUCGAGGGCAUGGUCGAAGACUUGGGCAUGUCGGGCGUGCAGUACAACACCGUUCUAUCCAUCUUCUUCAUCCCCUACGUCCUCUUCGAAGUCCCCAGCAACAUCAUCCUCAAGAAAGUCAAGCGCCCCUCCACAUACCUCGGCACCCUCACUCUCUGCUGGGGUAUCGUCAUGACAUGCACUGGUCUCGUUCGUAACUUCGCCGGCUUGAUGGUUACCCGCAUUCUCCUUGGAAUCUUCGAGUACAUGCCCAGCGACCUCUCCGUUCGCAUCUCCUACUUCUACUGCGCCUCCGCCCUCUCAGGCGCCUUCUCGGGCCUCCUCGCCGCCGCUAUCGCCGAGAUGGACGGCGUCGGCGGCAUGGAGGGCUGGCGCUGGAUCUUCAUCCUCGAAGGGCUCGCCACCGUCUGCCUCGGCGUUGCCUGCUUCUUCCUCCUCAUCGACACGCCCACCCUCUCCACGCGCUGGCUCGACCCCGAGGAGAUCCGCUACCUCGAGCUCUCCAUCUUCAUCAAGCAGGGCGGCGGCUCGCGCGACGAGGACUCCGACCGCAAGGUCAACUGGCACGACCUCAAGAUGAACCUGACCAACUGGCGCAUUUACGUGCAGGCGUACUUCCUGCUCUGUCAGAGCGCGCUGUCGUACGGCAUCAAGUUCACGCUGCCGACUAUUACCAAGGCGAUGGGCUUCGCGAACACGCAGGCGCAGCUGUUGAGCGCACCGCCGUAUGUGGCGGCGGCCAUCUCUGCCGUGAGCUUCGCCAAGGUCUCUGACCGGUUCUUCUGGCGCAUGCCGUUCCUUGCUAUCCCGCUGGCGAUCGUGGCGGUGGGGUACUCUAUUAUUCUGUCGCUGAACGGUGCGUUGGAAGAGAAGAGGGGUGUCGCGUACUUUUCCGUCGUAUUGGCUGUGAUCGGUAUCUACCCCAUCCAAGCUGCCGCCGCGUCCUGGAACGCGAACAACAUCGCCCCGGCGUCUCGACGAGCAAUUGGCAUUGCGCUGAUGAACUGCGUCGGAAACGUCGGCGGCAUCGUCGGAAGCUUCAUGUAUCUCGAGCGCGAGAAGCCCAAGUACCACACCGGCUUCGGGCUGAGUUUGGCGUUUGGCGGCAGUGGACUGAUCGUUGCUCUGCUUCUCGAGUGGAGCUACAAGAUUGCCAACGCGAAGAAGGCCAGGAUUGCGGAUGAGGCGAAGGAGAAGUACACUGAGGCAGAGCUGUUCAAGAUGGGAGAUAGGUCGCCGCUGUUUAAGUAUGUGCUGUGA